CAAAAUGUCAAAUAAGAAUAUAACAGAGUUGUUUAAACUAAUUUUAUAUUUUCUAGUAUUCGUGUGGGAUAAGUUCUUAAUAAAAUAGAUUUUUUAACAAAUAUCAAAAUAAAAUAUAGUUAUUAAGUCAUUUUAAUCAACAACCUACGCACUUUUGUCAAUUUCUGUCUCAAAAUCAAAAAAGAAAAAUUAAUUACAAAAGUAUACAAAAACAAUCAACAACAGCGAUAUAAUGGCCAACAUUUUGGAAAAUCAAUUGGCUGGUCUAACGCAAGUUAUUGAAAAACAAUUGGAUGAACAAUUGGAACGUUUCGAUAAUCUAGAUAAGGAUGAUCUUAAAACUUUAAGAGAACAACGUAUCAGAGAGAUGAAGGAAUUGAAUACAAAGAAGCAAGAAUGGUUAAAGAACGGUCACGGCAAUUACACAGAAUUGGCCGACGAAAAGGAAUUCUUUGAAGUCUCGAAAAAAUCUCCCAAUAUUGUUUGUCAUUUCUAUCGGGAUUGUACAGAACGUUGUCGUAUUGUCGACAUGCAUUUGAAAAUUUUGGCUGGCAAACAUAUUGAAGCUAAAUUUUGCAAAGUAAAUGCUGAAAAAUCACCAUUUCUUACACAACGUCUACGCAUCAAAGUAAUUCCCACCAUAGCUUUGAUUAAGGAUAGUAAAACAAAGGAUUUCAUUGUCGGCUUUACCGACUUGGGCAAUUGUGAUGAUUUCUCAACUGACAUGCUCGAAUGGAGAAUAGCACAAUCUGGUGCCAUAGAUUACAAGGGUGAUCUGAUGACACCGCCAGAUGUUAAAAAGAAAACAUAUAUAAAUCGUCCUAGAAAGACUAUACGUGGUGGUUAUGAUUCAGAUGAUUCCGAUAUUGAUUUUGAUGAUUAACCUGUUUGCACACUUAUUAAAAUAGUUUAAAAAGAAGCUAGUGUUAGAAACUACUCAUUUUAUUUGUUUUCAUACAUUAGUCUGUUGUAUUGCCUGCCUGCCUUUUCUUUUUGCUGUUUUCCCCAAGUGUCUUCUUUUUUUAAGCUCUGGUUUGAAAGUUUAAUAUUCAAACUUUAUUUCAUUAACUUAAUGCUUAGAAAUCAAAAUGUAUUCAACAAAAUUUGUUUGUUUAAUUGCAAGAAAAAAACCUACAACAACAUGAUACUCUUUUUAUAAUAAUUUCUUACUAUUAACAUUCUCUUGAUUUUAGACUUGAAGUAUUUUUUCUUGUCUUUUUAAUUAAAUUAAAAAAUUCCUAGUUUUAUUACUACAAAAAUAAGUAUUGUUUAUUUUUUCUUUUUUGCAAAAUGUCUUUUAUAAAAAGUAGCACAAAAUUAUAAUAAAAACAUUUUUAAUAGGAUUAAAACUAAAAAAGACAACUUUUCGUAGAAUUUAGAAUGAAACAUAUUUUCUUAAUGCAAAAUAAAAGUAAUAUACAUUAUAAUAAGCAAGAUUAGCAACAUCAAAUAGUUAAACGUAAACAUACAUAAAUGUUCAUAUAUAUAUAUGGACUAACUAAUAAUAUAUAUACAACUAUUCAGAGGAUUUUAAUAAUAAAGACAUAUUUUCGUAUAACCAUGCAAAUGGGAAUUGAAAA